UAAAUAGCCUGGUUCUUUCGUGUUGGUUUGGCAGGGGCAUACACACAACACACACGCGCACAUACUCGGGAAUCAAGAGAAAAACUAUCAAAAGAUGAAACGAAAGAGAUGUGAGAUGGAAGAGGCAACGAAGAAAAAGAAGAUGACAGAGAUUGGAUCCGCCAUUGAAGAACUCUCUGUUCUUUCUAUCGCCAAGACCACAAUAGUUACCACUGAAAUAGAAGCCAACAACAUCAUCAAUCUACCAUUAAAGCCUCUCCUCUCAUUUUGCAAAUUAAUCAUCCAAGUUCUUGAUAAGAUUGGCCCGACAAUGGCUGUUCUCCGACAAGACAUUGAUCAAAAUAUCCAACUAGGAGGCCCAAAACCUUUCAUCUCUUUCGAGACAACAUGGACGGGGUCUACAUCUUUACCUUGCAUUCAGGAGAUUAGAGGAGAUGUGGGAAUCUAA